UACUCCCGCCACAUCCGUCCUGACAUGAAGACCCAUACAGACCGCCCUCUAGUGGUGGACCCCCAGGAGAACCGCAACAACAACACCAACAAGACCACCAAAGAGCCUGACCCCCGCCUCAGCCAGCAGCACGCUGACGAGCUGGUCCGCAAGCAGACACACGUCCACGAGAGAGGAGGUGGGGGAGGAGGAGGUGGGGGCUCCGGGUCUGGUUCAGGCCCUGGAAGGCCUUACGAGCGGGCAGACUCUACGGAGAGCCGCAGGAGCCGUAAGGAGAGCAAGGAGCACCAGGAGCUCCAACACCACCACUCCUCCCAUACCCGCCUAGAUGCAACGAUGCUGGGACAGAGUGGAGAGGAGAGGCCCCAGAGAAGGCACCACCACCCACGGGGCCAGGUGGGCUCAUCGGAGCACAGGAAACCCCGCCAGCACCGCAUGCCCCCAGAGGACGAAGAGGGGGGAGGUGGCGGUGGUGGAGGAGGGGAAAGGCUACACAAGAGCAGGGUGACAGAAGGAGAAGGCGAGGGGGAGCAAGAAGGGGGUGAUGGAGGUGAGAGGAGGCAGAGACGGCAUCGCCAUGGCACUCAGUCAGGGUGUGAUGGUGAGGGGAAGAGGACGCGGCAACACCGCAGGAAGGAUGGUCCCAACCUGUCCACCACACGGCCCAUCCAGAAGAGCCUCUGUAGACAGGACAGCCAGUACAGCGAGGACAUGGACAAUGUCAUGAACAGUAAACUGGCCACCAGCCAGCCCAAGCUACACCCAGGCUACACCCAGCAGCCCUGCCCAGCCUCGGGCCUCCCCAGCCCAGCCAACCACACUACCCCAGGCCCAGGCCCAGGCUUCGGCCCUGCAGGCCUCAACACUCACCUGACAAACAGCAGCUCCCACCUGGGCCUAGAUGGAAGCCUGGUUCCUGCAUACGGAAGUAGCACCCGGAUACCGGACCACACGGCAGUGGACAUACCACCCAUGUUUCCUUCCCACAACGCCAUAUUGCAGGUCAAUAAGAAUGCUAACACAGAGCCUCUGCCUAAGAAGGAGGAUAAGGAGGAUGAUGAUGAUGAGAAGGGUGAUGAAGAUGGACCCAAACCAAUGCCUCCCUAUAGCUCCAUGUUCAUCCUCUCUACCACCAACCCGUUCCGGAGACUAUGCCACUACAUUGUGACUCUGAAAUUCUUUGAGUUUGGUAUCCUGUCUACCAUCGCUAUGAGCAGUAUCGCCCUGGCAGCGGAAGACCCCGUCUGGCCAGAAUCACCUCGCAACAAUGUUCUGCGCUACUUUGACUAUGUGUUUACGGGAGUGUUCACUUUUGAGAUGUUGAUUAAGAUGGUAGAUCUGGGCCUGGUGUUGCACCAGGGCUCCUAUUUCCGUGACCUGUGGAACAUCCUGGACUUUAUAGUGGUUAGUGGUGCUCUGGUGGCCUUCGCCUUCACGGGAAGCAGUAAGGGGAAAGACAUCAGCACAAUCAAGUCUCUGAGGGUUCUGAGAGUGUUGCGACCUCUGAAGACUAUCAAGCGUCUUCCAAAGCUCAAGGCUGUGUUUGACUGCGUGGUCAACUCCCUGAAGAACGUCCUGAACAUCCUCAUCGUCUACAUGCUCUUCAUGUUUAUUUUUGCUGUGGUGGCCGUGCAGCUGUUCAAAGGGAGAUUCUUCUACUGCACUGACGAGUCCAAAGAGUUUGAGCGCGAUUGCAGGGGCGAAUAUCUAGUCUAUGAGCGGAAUAAUGAAGUGAAGGCGCAGAAGCGGGAGUGGAAGAAGUACGAUUUCCACUACGACAACGUGCUUUGGGCCCUGCUCACCCUCUUCACCGUGUCUACCGGAGAGGGGUGGCCGCAGGUGCUGAAACAUUCAGUGGAUGCGACCUAUGAGAAUCAGGGCCCGAGCCCGGGGUACCGGAUGGAGAUGUCCAUCUUUUACGUGGUGUACUUCGUGGUCUUCCCCUUCUUCUUCGUCAAUAUCUUCGUAGCUCUCAUCAUCAUCACUUUCCAGGAGCAAGGAGACAAGAUGAUGGAGGAUUACAGUUUAGAGAAAAACGAGAGAGGCUGCAUAGACUUCGCCAUUAAUGCCAAACCGUUGACGCGACACAUGCCUAAGAACAAGCAAAGCUUCCAGUACCGCAUGUGGGAGUUUGUGGUGUCGCCGCCAUUUGAGUAUACAAUCAUGGCUAUGAUCGCGCUCAAUACUAUCGUACUGAUGAUGAAGUAUGACGGAGCCUCUCCGGCCUACGAGGCUGUGCUGGCCAACCUGAACAUCGUGUUCACCUCGCUGUUCUCCAUGGAGUGUGUGCUCAAGAUCAUCGCCUUUGGAGUGCUGAAUUACUUCAAAGAUGCCUGGAACAUUUUUGACUGUGUGACAGUCCUGGGCAGCAUUACAGAUAUUUUAGUGACUGAGCUCGGGAAUAACUUCAUCAACUUGAGUUUCCUGAGACUGUUCAGGGCUGCCAGGCUCAUCAAACUGCUCCGGCAGGGAGAAACCAUCCGCAUCCUGCUCUGGACCUUUGUUCAAUCCUUCAAGGCGCUGCCGUACGUGUGCCUGCUUAUCGGCAUGCUGUUCUUCAUCUAUGCCAUCAUCGGGAUGCAGCUGUUUGGGAACAUAGGGAUGGAGGAGGAAGAGGGGAGCGCCAUCAACGAACACAACAACUUCAGGACUUUCUUCCAAGCUCUCAUGCUGCUCUUCAGGAGUGCCACGGGCGAGGCGUGGCAUGACAUCAUGCUGUCGUGUCUUGGAGGGAAGCUCUGUGAUCCUCUGGCAGGGAACACUGAACCAGAGUGUGGCAGCCAGUUUGCCUACCUCUACUUUGUGUCCUUCAUCUUCUUCUGCUCCUUCCUGAUGCUGAAUCUGUUCGUGGCUGUCAUCAUGGACAACUUUGAGUACCUGACCAGAGACUCCUCCAUCCUCGGCCCACAUCAUCUAGACGAGUAUGUCAGGAUAUGGGCUGAAUAUGACCAAGCAGCUUGUGGCAGGAUCAGUUGCAGGGAUAUGUAUGACAUGCUCAGGCAUAUGAGCCCUCCGCUAGGCCUGGGGAACAGGUGCCCGGCGCGGGUGGCCUACAAGAGGCUGCUGCGGAUGGACCUCCCGGUCGCCGACGACAACUCAGUCCACUUCAACUCCACCCUGAUGGCCUUGAUCCGCACGGCGCUGGACAUCAAGAUCGCCAAGGGAGGUGUGGACAAACACCAGAUGGAUGCAGAGCUGAGGAAAGAGAUGAUGGCGAUUUGGCCCAAUCUCUCCCAGAAGACCCUGGACCUCUUAGUCACGCCACAUAAGUCAGCAACAGACCUGACGGUGGGGAAGAUCUACGCUGCCAUGAUGAUCAUGGAGUACUACAGGCAGAGCAAGGCCAAGCGCUCUCAGGCGCGGCUAGAGGCGGAGCAGAAUCGAACGACAUUACUGUUUCAGCGCGUGGAGCCGCCCUCCCCCAUCCAGGAUGGGCCUCUCUGCCUCCCUCCUACCCAACCGGCAGACCCCGUCAACACCCUACCGGUGGAGGGGGGGGUUCCAGAGAGCCAGUCGUGGGUGACAGUGCGGGCUCAGGAGAUGUCCCAGAGAGUAGGCAGCUGGAGUCCUGAGGGACAGCACUCUGAGGAUGGCCUGGACAGCAGGCAUAACUCGCAGACGGUAGAGAUGAGAGAGAUGGGGCGUGACGGUUACUCGGAUACCGAGCACUUUCAGCCAAUGGAAGGCCACGGAAGGGCAGCUUCCAUGCCACGCCUUCCAGGCGACAACCAACAGCGAAGGAAAGGGAGGCAGCGUGGAAAUAACCUCAGUACUAUAACAGAUAAUAGUCCUAUGAAGCGCUCGGCCUCCUCCCUUGGUCACAGUCGAUCUGGGAGGGGCCAGAGGGAAAGGGGUGGGGCCGAUGAUUAUGCAAUGGAGUAUGUGAUCCCCGAGGAGGGCGGAGCACCGAGGCACAGCCACCGACGCCGCGACCGAAGCCACCGGGCCUCUGAGCGGUCACUGUGUCGAUAUACAGACGCAGAUACAGCAGGACUGGGCACAGACUUGAGCACCACCACUCAGUCAGGUGACCUGCCACCCAAGGAGAAGGACCGUGACCGCGACAGAGACCGCAGUCGGCAGAAAGACCGCAAACACCACCACCAUCACCACCACCAUCACAGCGGCUCUGUGGACAAGGAGCGCUACACACCAGACCGCGCCGACCGGGGGGGAGAGCACGGUGGUCACAGACAGCCCCGAGGAGACAGAGACCACGACCGGGAUAGGGAGCACGACCGUCGCUGGUCACGGUCACCCAGCGAGGGCAGAGAGUGCAUGACACACAGACAGGGCAGUAGUUCGGUGAGCGAAAGUCCCGCUCCCUCUACCUCGGGGACCAGUACCCCGAGACGAGGCCGUCGGCAACUCCCUCAGACCCCGGCAACGCCCCGUCCACACGUCACCUACUCUCCUGUCGUCCGUAAAGCCAUGGCCACACCUCCCGGAGCCCAGCCCCUGGGGCGCAAUCCCGCCCCCGCCCCUCACCGCUUCUCCCCUGAGCCCCCCCAGGGACCUCCCCCACCCCACCAUGGCUCACCCAACCAAGCCUGCCACCUCCCUCCCCGCUGGGGGGACGGGGGAGGAGGAGGAGGAGAGAGUGGGUCGCUGGAGGGCGACGGCUGCUUCUACAACCAGGACUACCAGGAUUACGACCGUGAGCACCACAAACCGCCUCCCUACGAGCAGAGCCCCACACAGGGCAACCCUCACAAACCUCACCCCCUCAACCACCCUACUCUCCCCGUGCUAAACCAUCCCCCAACCCCACAGCAGCAGCACCCUAUCAACCCGCACCCAAACAACCCCCACCCCAACAACCCCCACUCCCCGCACCUCGCCCAGGACUUCCCGCCAUGCGCCCCCACCCAACACCACCCCCACCCCCAAGGGCAGCAGCCUCCCCCCCACUCGACGCCUCCCCAAUGGCUACCGUGCAUCCUCCCCCUCCUCGCAACACCACCACGGCCCCACCCACCCCGGGCCCCACAAGGUCCCCCUCCCCAGCCUAGAGGGCCCCGCACUAAAGACCUGCACGAACCCUACAACAACACGGAUGAUAACAGGUGCUAGCCUCUGGAGACUAUGGAGGGAUGGAUGGAGGGAGGGAGGGAGGGAGGGCUCAACCACACUGUCUGAGUUAUCAGUCCCUACCUCCCAGCCCAGGAAAACACACAGCCAGAGCACUGAUCACCAUGAGACAGGGGAAACCAAGGCAUGAUUCUUUCUUUCCUUAUUUCCGUUUGUUUUUCUUUUAGUUUCUUCUGCUGCUCAGUGUUUCCCGGGGAUGGAGGGAGUGAGGAAGGGGUAGUUAGAAUAAAGGGAUGAGGAGGAGGACCACUGAAGGAUGAGUGGAAAUUAGUGAACAGGGUAUGGAGUACAAACCAAUUCCUCCUCCAAAAACAAUGGAACCCAGCUCAUCAGAUGCAAGGAGACAAAAAUGGAUGAUUUCAAAAUGGAUGAUAUAGGGGACGGAUGCUUUUCUCAACGUAUCAUGAUGCUACGCCUCUGGAAACAAUAUUAAAAACCGCCACAACGACCAAGACGUCAUCACGUAAUCAACGCAACGUUGCGUUAGUUGCAAAAACCAACCACGAACCCCGAUGAUGGGGAGAUAUUGAUGAGUUUUAUCAUCUGUGUUUACUGUUAAUAAUGACAUCAGUGAUGAUGAGCCUUCCACCUGAGUGUGGUGGGGGGAGUGGGGGGGACACCAGGACACACACCCUAACUCUGAACGAGAGAGGGGGUAAUGUAGGCGGAAUCUAUCCAUCCCAACCCCCCAACCCCCCCAAAAAGAUUCCGCCCCAACCGAGUAGAGAAGAAACAUAAAAAAGUGGAUGGUGAACAUAAAAAUAAAAAAAAACUUAAAAACAAACAUUUUCUUCAGUAUUUCUUCUUCUACUCCUGCGGCUGCUACUUUUCCCUCUUCCUCUUCUUCUUCUUCUUCGAAACAUUGAAGCUUGAUUCUUCUGUUGCACCCGCACAGCUUCGUUGGAACUUGCAGAGUUUAAAAACCUGUGGAAUCCUGCAUGAUUGAUACAAAAAAAUGAUAACAAAGAGAAACUACUGUAAUGUGGGGGAAACUAUCCCUGGGUCCUUUCUAUAUUAGUCUGUGGGGUUCUCUAUUUUUCCUGUAAAUCCCUUUGUUUCUCUCUCUCUCUCUCUCUCUUCCUGUGCUGGAGGUAUAAUCAGAAUAGUUAGGAUGGAUGGAGAGAUGAGGCGAUGAGGAAGAGAAGCACAAGGUCCAAGCCUUUUUUAUGCGGAGGGACAGGAUGAUCUAUUUCCCACUUUGCUCUUAUUGAAAUGCUCUGUGCCAAGUUAUAACUGUUGAUGUGGCUGAGAUUGCACAAUCAUUUUCAAGGAAGUAGAUAUUUUGUUACAAGGCCUAGUUUUAUUUCAUGAGAGGAAAGAAGGCAGGAAAGUAUGAAAACGCACACCCCACAUAUUAUUGGUUCAUAUUAAAAGGGAGUUGAAACUGGGGGAGGAAGUUACAAGCUCCAUGGUCCUUAUUGGCUCUCCAUCUGCUGAUGCAUAGCCUCGUUCAAACCAGAGAUAUGUCUCUAGUCUUCCAGGGUUUGUGUUUGAAAGAGCGAUGAAAAGAGAGAGAGAGAAAGAAAGGACGAUGAAAGGAGGGAACCUCUUCAUCUUUUGUUUAUUUGUUAUUAAUAGUGAUAAUGGUUCUAUAGAUACUGAUAACAAUACUAUUGAUGAUUAUGAUAAUGACGAUGAUGAUAAUAACAACGAUGAUGAUAAUGGUGAUGAUGAUGAUGAUGACAAUGUUCAUGCUUGUGAGAGAGAAUUAUUUUAGUCUUGUAUUUGUGUUUGUUACUUUCGAGUCGGUUGUGCUCAGCGCGUCACCAUCUUUGUUUCGUGAGACGUUCUGUCUGGUUGGUGGUCCACUGGUCUGGCUGGUGGGCGGAGCUUUGUCAGAGAGGUGCAUUGUGGGAACAGGAGUAAUCAUAGUAAUGACUCUGAUACAGUGUAAUACGGUGGGGAAGGGAAAAGGAACUUAAAAAGGAACUUUAAAAAAAGAACAAUGUCAAACAUCAUACAGGAAAUCAUGUAUCUGACAUGUAUACUUGUUCAUUGGACAGUUGUUUACAUAUAUGAAUCAUUUGGGUAAAUAUAGGGCAGCUAAAUGGUCUUGCUUAGGUAACGGGGUCUACAGACUAAAGUAGACCAGAUAAAGCAGUAAUGAGACAGAGCUCCUCUGCCAGUUUGGCCCUCUAGGUGGCACUGUAUGCAAUACAUUGCAUCCCUGUCCUAUUGUAUCAUUGUAUCACCCCUUCUAUUUUGACUGUCGGAUUCCAAUGUUUUUGUAUCUGUCUUUCAACUGGGAGCAUAAGGUUUAAGUGUUGUCUGUCACUGGUGGAUCACCUCCUUUGUGUUCAGGACAUGUAACACAGCCAAUCACAAAUGCACAGGACAUGUAUCACAGCCAAUGAAAAUGCAUGGGAGAAACAAUGACUGGGUCUUUUCUGCCAAACCUCUGUGUCCUGUUUCACCCUAUUCUCUUUUUGUGUGUCUUUGUGCGCCUCAACCUAACAUCCAUCCUAAUACCCACCACUGUCCCGUAUAGUGUCUCUCUCACAAUUGCCGGACUUUGAGGAUUGCCAUAGUGAACCAUUAAUUUAUUCGAAUUAUGUCAUUAUUAUUCUUAUUAUUACACCCCAUGUCAAAACCAUUAGCGUCAGGUAACAGUGUUUGUUCAUGGCUGCCAUAGAUAUAGCGCAGUUAGAUCUGCACAAAUCUGGAUUCUGAUGUACUGUAAAGACAUAUCCCAUGAUUCUAUGUACCACACUUUGACCAGGAAGUGCACAGGCACAUUGCCUUUACAGUAUUCAUCUAACGUAGGAAUGUCAUAGACGUGUAUAAGUUACAUCACAACACUGAUAAGAUAGGAAUACACAGAUACACUCUCAGUAUGUAGCUCCUGGCUGUAGCAAGUAUGCAUGUACGUGCGUAUGGCGUGUGUGCGUUUGCGUGUGUGUCUGUGUAUGAAUGCGUUCUUUUAUAGCAGAAUGUGUGUGUACAUUCAAUGUGUGUGUGUACAUCAAUAGCUAGCUGUUUUCGUUGGAUAUUUCAUUUCAUUUGUUUAUUUGCUUUGAAUAUUUGAGGAUGACAUUUGAGUUGGUAAGUGUUUGUGUGUGUGUGUGUGUGUGUGUGUGUGUGUGUGUGUGUGUGUGUGUGUGUGUGUGUGUGUGUGUGUGUGUGUGUGUGUGUGUGUGUGUGUGUGUGUGUGUGUGUGUGUGUGUGUGAGUUAGCCUGUGUUUGUGAGCGAGUGUCAGAAUGUUUGUGUGUCUGUGUGCAAGAUGAAAUAAGAUGUCAAUCACCCUACAAUUGAAACUAUGAGAGGCCCUAACAUUCACUGUCAAUCAUUGUGUCCUGUACUGACCAACCAUCCACUAACAACACAUAUUCUAAAUAACCCCACCAUUACUUCAAAAAGCAAUGUAAAGCUGCUAUGGAAAACAUAGAAAUAAAAGCAUUUUAAGUACCAAAAAAAUACCAAAAAAGGGAAAAUAUCUACUUCCAGAACUGCAUGUGCUAUGUGCAUGCCACACCGUGGGUGAACAGUCAUCUUCAGGAAUCAAAAAAUAAGAAUAUGAAUUCAGAUUUAAAAAAAAUAUAUGAAUAUAGAUAGAUGUUUAUACUAAGCAACAUGUUUUCUUUCUUCCUUCUAUUUUUGAGAACAAAAAAGGUUUAAAAAAAAUAUAUAUAAAAAAAACAUCAGCUGAGAAUCAAAGUUGGUUUGUUUAUUUAUGUUGCCAGCUGUUAACUGUAAACAUGGAGGUGAGACACUACACAGCCAUGUUCAGGACACUACAAAAAAAAAGAGAAGUCCUGUUUUAAAGAAGAGAAUCAAAUGAAAAGAGAUGGGGAUAUCCCUGCCUACUUUUGGGUGGGGCCAGGAGCCAGCCAAAUCUGAUGAUGUAACCCUUAAAACUCUGGCUGUGGGAUCUUUUAUCUCUCACUCACUCCCUCUCUAUUUCUCUCUCACUCUUAUCUCUCACACUCUCAACCUAUCUCACCGCUAUUUCUACCCGUGCAUUUUGUAAUUCCAGACAGAAUUCUUCCUAAUGAAUAAAAACCAGAGAGAUGCACACUGUUGGUCUGGAGAGA